GAUGGCUUCUGCUAUCUAUACGCUCUCAGACACCCGGCGACGAAUAGACGAAGUGAAGAGGUUUUUAUCCGUAGUACUGAACAUUGCCAAUGCACACACUGUCGAGUUUUACACCCACAAUGUGUGGGGUCAGUUCAUAGCUGUUCCACCAGACGAGGUCUUGUUAGCCACCACUUCCGCCACUGGCCAGACGGGGGAGCCAGAGCUCAAUAGAAAUGAGCGACGCAAGACCACAUUUGGGUUCUGUGAUGAUACAAAGCGGCUGGUUGAUGUCCAUGAACUGUUGGAGGCUGCCAAGGCUCAUUCUCUGCCUGGCCUUGGAGUCUGCAUGACCAGGGAUGAGCUACUGCAGUCCCUCAGACAAAACCAAACCGUCUCACCACCCACCGAGGAAGAUGCCAUUUUGGAUCCAGAUGGGUUUAUGAACUCUAAGAAAUCCCACGAGGUCCAGUCCAUGUCUGAGGUAGUGGCCUCUUUGGCCCGACAAUGUCGAGUCAAGCAGGUGAUUGAUGUGGGCUCGGGAAAGGGCUACCUGUGCUCCUUCCUUUCAAUGCAACACGGCCUCCAAGUCUACGGCAUUGAUUCCUCGAGCACAAACACUCAUGGAGCCCACGAGAGGAACCGAAAGUUAAAGAAGUUCUCAAGAGCGUACCAGAAACGCAGCAAGGCAGCAAGAAAUCAGAAAACAGCUACAGAAACGGCUCAGGAUGAGUUCACGGAAAUCAAGUCCGGGAAAGAAAAAAGCGACGACAACGAUUUAUAUAUAGCUGAGGAGGGCGAGAGGCAAGUUUUUCAGGUGCAGUCAAACACCGCCGCAGGUGAAAAAGCAACUCAAAAGGAUGAGCGCGAGUUGGAAGCGCCAUCGUUAUCACUAACGGAAGAAGUCGAUGGAGCUGCGAACAAGAUUUUGGACUCAAACAAAGCAGACUCAAAAAGCGAGGCGCUCUUCCUCAGUGUUUUGUCUGUAGACGCCAUAGAGAGUACCACCCAACGCGCCCCCCCCAGCAAACUGAGCUUUGAGGAGCGAGAGAGGAGGAAGAGGGAGAACCUGGAGAGGAAGGCUCGGAAUAGACCCAGCAGCGAUGCCGUGCUGUUUUCUCCUCUCACAUCCUACGUUACCGCUGAGACGGAGCUACGAGAGUUAAUCAGCGAGCUGGUGGAUGCCGUCAUGGUUGGCCUGCACACAUGUGGAGACCUGGCCUCCAGCACACUGAGGAUGUUUGUGGCCAAACCAGAGCUAGCUGCAGUCUGCAGCGUAGGCUGCUGCUAUCACCUCCUCUCUGAGGAGUAUGAGCCUGCUGGACCAGAGUGUCCGGACGGCGUUUGGGGAUUUCCUCUGAGUCAGUACCUUCGGGAACAGGCCUGGUUUUGUGGCAGAAAUGCGAGGAUGUCUGCCUGCCUGGCUUUGGAGAGAGUCUCCGUCGGCCAAGGGAUUCAGAUGGAGUCCUUGUUCUACAGGGCGGUUCUUCAUGUCAUUCUGAGGGACCGCUACAGUUCUUUUAAAAGUGAAAAGCGAGUGGGGAACGUCUACUCCAAAGCUAAAUCCUUUGCCAACUAUGUUCGGAGAGCUUUAAGCAGACUGGACUUGGACGACUCAAAGCUGUCCGACGGUGUCAUUCAGGACUACCUCAACACGUACAGACCACGGAUGGACGAGAUGCAUGCCUUCAACAUGCUGAAGGUUAUCUUGGCUCCCUGCGUUGAAGGUCUAAUUCUGCUGGAUCGCCUCUGCUACCUAAAAGAACAGGAGGACGUCUCAUUCUCCGCACUGGUGCAGCUCUUUGAUCCCCUGCUGUCACCGAGAUGCUACGCUGUGGUCGGAGUGAAGAAACCUGGAAUAGUCCAAACCCACAAGACAGAAUCACACAUCAGUUGACUUGUAUGGACAAAUUCCUGGCAGUACCGUUUAUGCUUGAAGAUGUAUAUAUUCGCAUGUAAGGAUAAAUACAUACAAUGUGUAUAUGUCGUACCUUUAUGUCGUCUAUGAACAGGACGCGGAGGUCUUCCCGCUCUUGGCUGUCAAAUAAAGAGGUGUUUGCUGUACGUUCAAGCCCCGGUAAUGAAUUGGUCCCACAUCAUUGGUUUUAUAAUGUAUUCCCUACUGUAAUUGAACAUUAAAUAUUG